AUGAGACAGGACGGACGAUCAUCCUCGGACUCUGGGGAGGAGACGGAGCGCCUCCUGACACCCAGUCCUGGGUAUGGCACCCGGGCCGGGGCUUCCCCGGUCCCUCCGGAAGAGGAGGACCUGCGUCGCCGCCUCAAGUACUUUUUCAUGAGUCCCUGUGACAAAUUCCGGGCCAAGGGUCGCAAGCCCUUCAAGCUGAUGCUGCAAGUCGUGAAGAUCUUGGUGGUCACUGUGCAGCUCAUCCUGUUCGGGCUCAGCAACCAGCUGGCAGUGACCUUCCGGGAGGAGAACACCAUUGCCUUCCGGCACCUCUUCCUCCUGGGCUACUCUGAUGGGGCGGAUGAUACCUUCGCAGCCUACACGCGGGAGCAGCUCUACCAGGCCAUCUUCCACACCGUGGACCAGUACCUGAUGCUCCCCGAUGUGUCGCUGGGCCGGUAUGCCUACGUGCGGGGCGGAGGUGGCCCCUGGGCCAAUGGCUCGGCCCUGGCCCUCUGCCAGCACUACUACCACCGCGGCCACGUGGACCCGGCCAACGACACCUUUGACAUUGAUCCGCUGGUUGUCACUGACUGCAUCCGGGUGGACCCCCCUGAGAGACCUCUUGUGCCCCCCAGUGAUGAUCUCUCCCUCUCGGACGGCAGCGCCAGUUACAAGAACCUCACGCUCAAAUUCCACAAGCUGAUCAACGUCACCAUCCACUUCCAGCUGAAGACCAUCAACCUCCAGAGCCUGAUCAACAACGAAAUUCCAGACUGCUACACCUUCAGUGUCCUGAUCACUUUUGACAAUAAGGCGCACAGCGGCCGUAUCCCCAUCAGCCUGGAGACCCAGGCCCACAUCCAGGAGUGUAAGCACCCCAGCGUCUUCAGGCACGGAGACAACAGCUUCCGGCUCCUGUUUGACGUGGUCGUGAUCCUCACCUGCUCCUUCUCCUUCUUGCUGUGUGCCCGCUCACUGCUCCGUGGCUUUCUGCUGCAGAACGAGUUUGUUGGGUUCAUGUGGCGGCAGCGGGGACGGGUCAUCAGCCUGUGGGAGCGGCUGGAAUUUGUCAACGGCUGGUACAUCCUGCUGGUCACCAGCGAUGUGCUCACUAUCUCGGGUACCAUCAUGAAGAUUGGCAUCGAAGCCAAGGUAGGUCCUGCCUGGGGCCCUGUUGUCCCCUUCCAGGCGCUGCUCCCCUAAUACAUUCUCAUUGCCACGCUGCGGGUGGCCCUGCCCAGCGUCAUGCGUUUCUGCUGCUGUGUGGCUGUCAUCUACUUGGGCUAUUGCUUCUGUGGCUGGAUCGUGUUGGGGCCCUACCACGUGAAGUUUCGCUCGCUGUCCAUGGUGUCCGAGUGCCUGUUCUCGCUCAUCAACGGGGACGACAUGUUCGUGACGUUCGCCGCGAUGCAGGCCCAGCAGGGCCGCAGCAGCCUCGUCUGGCUGUUCUCCCAGCUCUACCUCUACUCCUUCAUCAGCCUCUUCAUCUACAUGGUGCUGAGCCUUUUCAUCGCGCUCAUCACUGGUGCCUACGACACCAUCAAGCACCCCGGAGGUGCUGGCGCGGAGGAGAGCGAGCUCCAGGCCUACAUCGCGCAGUGCCAGGACAGCCCCACCUCCGGCAAGUUCCGUCGAGGGAGCGGCUCGGCCUGCAGCCUCCUCUGCUGCUGCGGCAGGGACGCCUCGGAGGAGCAUUCGCUGCUGGUGAAUUGAUUCGGACCCGCUGCUGCUAUUGGACAUUAGCCCUCCGACUGCG